AUGGUGAGAGGAGGCACUAAGCGGAAGAUUGAAAUCGAGAAGAUCGCGAUCAAGAACUCACUCUCGACUUGUUACACGAAACGGAGUUACGGUCUCUACAGCAAAGCCUCGCAGCUCUGUCUUCUCUCUGGUGCGCAGAUAGCUAUUUUGGCGACUCCUCCUUCUGCCAACUCAACCGUCUCUUUCUACUCUUACGGCCAUUCUUCCGUCGAUGGCAUCGUCUCCGCGUUUCUCACGGGUCAACGUCCUGCUCCUGUUCCAGAGGAAAGCAAGCAGACGAGAGAGGACAUCGGAGUUUGUUUGGCCCGCAAGGAUCUCGGGUUAGGGUUUUGGUGGGUGUAG